CAUCUCUCAUCUUCAGCCUUUAUUCUCUCUUCCUCCUCCACUCCCACUCCCUUUCUCUUUCUUGACCUCCCUUUUCAAUCUUCCUCUCUCAUCCUCUUCGGUACCCGGGGGCUUCUUCACCGUUCCAGUUUCUGUUCCAUUACUAUCCUUUACAUUCCCGUCAUUCCCCGGAGGAACGACGACCCCCUCAACUAUUCCUGGGGCACUCUUCUCCCCGCCUACCACUAAGACCAUUCUUCUCGAGAUUUAAAUCAUCGUCAUUGUUUCUUCUUUAUUUCGCCGAUCUUCCUUGCCACUCCUUGACUCUUACACUCUUCCAACCUCUUCCACUUCUUUUUUUCCACUCUUCAACCCUACAAACAAACUCACCUCGACCGAUCGGCUGUGGCUUGAGAUUCUGGGCGACAAGGCUCGUGCCUGCGGUCGUUGCUUCUUCUCCCCUGCUAUAUCUCUGUUUCGCAUGGGUUGCAGAUCAUUAGUUUCAGCCCUUGCAGCUUGCGCCCGCUCGCCCUCAAUUCCCAAACUAUCUUCAAGCCUCAAAAGACUAACGUGAUACCCUUUCGCAAAGAACCAACAAUCCACUACCGCCUUAAUUACGCAGGCAACAAAAACGUAAUCUGUCUUCGAUCCGAAUGCUCCUCUAACUUGGUGGACACGACGCUUUAAUCUGCCUUGGCCCCCCCCCUCAUCCUCUCUCCUCGCUCGAGUACUUGUGGAAAGGACCGCUAGCCUUUCCCCAACGCCUCUCGCGAACUGGCCCAAAUCAUGCCGGUACAAACAAGUCCACCGUCCUUUCCGGACUCGUUCCCAUCGUUUAUGUCGGUAUAUGGUGCAUUCCCUCCGCGCUAUAAAGAGGACGAGCAUACGAUCCACCCACUUCAAGUCCCAGCCCAUGUUCCAGUGAAUACCAAUUCAUCGCGACGUUUCUUCCCUUCCGUGCAUCGCGCAAGUGUCUCGUCAAUGACCUCUGGCUCGACAGAGUCCUCACCCACGACUACAAUUUCCCCGUUCGACUCUCCAUCCACGGGCGACGUUUCCCCAAGCUCUUCACCAGAAACCCCUUCGGCAAUGCCCUUAUCCUAUCCUAAAUUCACACCACACAUCCGCCCGGUGGAGAUGGCCCCACUGUCCACAAUGACUGCCGACAGCUCCAGGUUAUUGCCAGCGCCAAACACUGCGCGCCCGGACUCGCCAGGACGACGAGCACGCAACUUGAAGAAUCUCUCAUUACGCAUGCCCUUGCCUUCGCAGUCCCGACCUCCCAUUGCGACCGCAUCGAUGCUCGAGACUUCAUCAAAGCACCACCUCUCAGCCCCACCUUCGCCCAUCCAGAUUCCACCGAAGAGCAGCCGACGCCGCCCUGCAAACCUCACCAUCCGCACCCCAGGCUUUGAUAAAUCCUUCACAAAUGUUCCUGAUUUGGUUCCCCCAACGCCUCUGGGACGUCAGUCCCUGCGACAUGCCGAGUCAUCCCCCUCGCUCGCAUCGAUCACGUCUCCUGGGUUUGCCCCGCGGGGUGGCAUGCAACUUCCUCGGCCAACGUCACAACACGGAACCCGGCGUCCAUCAGCCACAUCAUCUGACGAUGCGGUCUCUCCGUUAACAUCUAUGCCCGACGAUGGCUCUACCUUCUCUCAACGCGUGAUUCCUGAACUGGCGGAAGAGGACGAGCCCAUGGGUUCCCGAGAGUCUACUCGUGGUACCGAGCGCGGCUAUCUCAAUGGACCUAUUCGGAUUUACGAUACUGGGGUUUUUCUGUACUUGGAACCUACGGCAGAGGAAGCGGCGCAGUUUGACGUAGUCAUCAACGUCGCCAAGGAAGUCAAGAAUCCCUUCAAUGGGAACAAGGACGGGCGAAAUGACACGGUCAUGAGUACGUGGCGCAAUGCCUCGAAGGCCUCGAAGCGGUUUUCUGGCGGUGAUCCUCAGACUGCUAUUUCGGAAAUAUCCUUCAAGUCUGCGUUUGAAUACCAGCCUUCAGAAUCCGGAUCUGCAACCCCGACUACCCCCACACCCAAAUCUACCACUCCCGAAUACAUUCACGUCGGUUGGGAUCACAACUCGGAGAUCCUCGACGAUCUUCUUCCUUUGUGUGAACUGAUCGACGACCGGAUAUCGCAGGGUAAGAAGGUCCUGAUUCAUUGCCAGUUAGGUGCCAGCCGAUCGGCGUCUUUGGUGAUUGCGUAUGGACUGUACAAGAAUCGAAAUUUGGAUUUCAAUUCGAUGUACGAAUUGGUCAAGGGACGCAGCCAGUGGGUGGGACCGAAUAUGAGUCUCAUCUACCAACUCACCGACUACCGGUCUCGCUUGCUGCGAGGAUCCCCCUCCUCGCGACCGGCUCCUCGCGAGUGGUUUGUUCAAACCGGUCGCAGAAGCUCAGAGCCUCAGGUCACCCGCGCUGAGCGUGAGGAGGCCCAGCAGCAAGCGGCCGAAGCUCUCUCGCAGGCACCACUAAUGGGAUAUCUCGCUGCUCCACCGACCAAAUCCUUGCGCCCUCAGACUAGCGGUAAUGGGAAUAGAUCUCCCAAGCGCAGUUUGUCCCCGCGCCCACUGCCCUUCCGACAGAAGUUUCAGUCCGUGGAGCCUGAAUUUGGUCGCCCUCGCGGCAUCCCACGCAGUGUCAGCAGCUGUGACCCCCUGGUCCAGACUCACGUGUUUGUUCGUGACGCACCAGGAUCCCCCGAUCCAGGAGCUGGCUUUUUCUCCCCAAGAACAUCCGGCUUCCUGGCACCACCUCUACCUCUACCAUCAUUAUCUGCUCGCGGAGUUGAUAGUACGAUCGCUGAAAACUCCAGCUCGAUCCAAUAUGCCAAAGACACUGCCGAUCCUCGUUCUCCUCCCGCAGGAGGAGACCGCAUGAUUUUGAGGAACAUCGAUGAGUUCCUAUAAUUUUCUCGCCUGUGCACAGUGAGCCAGGCUCUUGAAAUGAUAUCCACGACCCCGACAUUUUACAUGUCUUUUUGAACCUCAUCACGAGGAUCGCUUUUUCACCUUAUUACCGGCCCAUUUGUUUUUUAUUCUUUUUCUUUUUGACAAUUUCUCUCGGCCACUACAAGCUUUUACAUUUCUGCCCUCCAGUCAUAUAUCCUAUCUUAACUGUGGCUUGAUGAUUUUUAUGACCAAAGCGGGCUUUGCUGUCGUUCAUCAACCUUUUCAACUUGCAUGUGGCAAAUUGACCUUUCUACCACCCCGGAAUGCAUAUCCGCCACCCAGAAAACUCCGCUAUCAUUUCGAUUUUCCUUCUCACCACCGUCGACUCAUUUCUGGCGUCAGUGGCAUGGGCAUUAUCUCAUGCCGUGAGGUUCGCGGAAGACGCUCGUCUGUCAACCGCGAGCCUGGUAACUGUAAUAUUAUUUACGGGGAAGAUGACUGAACCCCAUUCUUCUUAUGCAUUGAUUGGACUGGACUAUACCGUCCAUCACAACUAUCGCUUUCUGCCUUUCUUCUUUUUUUCCCCCCCCUUCAUCUCUUAUCUGAUCAUCCUGCCCUGUAUGGCAAGGCCCUCGUUUUCAAUAUUUCUAUCUUCCUGUCUGUUUGAUUGUACUUUUUGUUCCCUCGAUCCCUCCUUUGAAAACACCUGGGCUGCUAUAAGUAUUUAAGGGGGACUGGGAUCGAGGGAAAGGAAUGACAAAUACCCCCUGUGCGCAGCCCAACAAUAGAAAUAAAACAGCUUCGAGCUUG